CCUUCCCUCCUUCCCCUCUUCCUCUCCUCUCCCUCCCUUUCGGUUCAAGGAGUUCGUGCAGCUGGGGCGGGUGGCUAAGCGCGUGAACUGGAUGCUCUGUGCUGAUGUGGGCAAAUUGAGAGCAAUCCCACCCUUCCUCCUCCUCCUCUUCCUCCUCCUCCUCCUCCUCUUCCAACUCUCGAAGCCUGCCUGGUUCGGAACUCUUCUCCGACCAGCCGGGGAGAGUCCGAGGGAGGCCCAGGGCUUUGCCGUCUUCCCAGCUCCAGAGACCGCCGAGCGCGCCCUUCCUCGCCAAGACCUGGGAUCUGCGCGGGAGGGGCUCUCUGCGCAUCCAGCCCACCUGCAGCAUCUUCCCUCGGCAGCCUGCCUGGUUCGGAACUCUUCUCCGACCAGCCUGGGAAAGUCCGAGGGAGGCCCAGGGCUUUGCCGUCUUGCCAGCUCCAGAGACCGCCGAGCGCGCCCUUCCUCGCCAAGACCUGGGAUCUGCGCAUCCAGCCCACCUGCAGCAUGGGCGCUGCUCUUCCCUCGGCAGGAACCGUGGAACAAAGUUUCCCUGCUAGUCAUCCCUGCCCAAGCUCCGUGGAAAGGGUUAGGCAAGCUGCCGCCUGCGCCCGGGAGCCCCCGCCCUGGAGGUUCCCCUUUUAAAGGGACGGCGAAACCCGAACCGCUCAUCCUGGAAGGGCGACCCACAGCCUGGAUUCCUCUGCUGACCUUCCUCCUUCCCCGCCGAAGGGAUUCCAACCCUCCCGCCUCCUUGAGCGCAGUUAGGUGGUGGAUUCAACACAGGCUGGGAAGAAACUCGACAUUAAAUCCUUUUGCUUCUCCCCGGACUUCUUGGAGCUGCGCCGGCAUUUCUCCCCAGCCAGAGAUGCCUCUUCGUAAGGCUGCUAGCAGCCCCGUCCCCAGGUUCGGAAACAUGGAGAGUCUUUCUACAGCAAACACCUCCUUUGCCCUGGACCUCUUCAAGCAGCUUUGUGCAAAAGAUCCUACCGAGAACUUGUUUUUUUCUCCUUUGAGUAUAUCUUCGGCACUGCUGAUGGUCUUGUUGGGGGCCAAAGGCAAUACAGAAGCUCAGAUGUCAAAGGUGCUCUCUGUAUCCAAAGAUGGAGAGGUUCACCCAAAAUUUGAGAAACUGAUUUCUGAAAUCAACAAACCAGGGGCCAAGUAUAUCCUCAGCCUAGCCAAUCGGCUCUUUGGAGAAUCAUCAUACGAUUUUCUUGCAGUAAGUUUCGAAUCCACUGAGAAAUUCUACCAUGCAAGUCUGGAAAAACUUAACUUCAAACAAGCUUCAGAAGAUUCAAGAAAACAUAUAAAUGCCUGGGUAGCAGAGAAAACCUCAGGAAAAAUUCAGGAUCUGCUUGUCCCUGGAAUAAUUGGUUCGCUUACAAAACUGGUUUUGGUGAAUGCUAUCUAUUUCAUGGGGACCUGGGCAGCUAAGUUCAACAAAAAUUACACACAGGAAAAGCCAUUCUGGAUUAACAAGAAUGAAAAGAAAACAGUGCAAAUGAUGUUCAAGAAAGCCAAAUACAAGAUGACCCACAUAUCGGCCUCUCGGAUUUCCAUUCUUGAGAUUCCAUAUGUUGGUGAUGAGUUGAGCAUGAUCAUUCUGCUCCCCGAUGAGAUUGAAGAUAACUCUACUGGAUUGGAAAAGCUGGAGAGAGAAAUUACGCAUGAGAAACUCAUGGACUGGAUCAAUCAAGAGAAUAUGUUCCCAAGAGAAAUUGAACUCUCCUUUCCCAAAUUUAAACUGGAAGAAACAUACGACCUGAAGCCUGUUCUGAAAAGCAUGGGAAUGACGGAUGCAUUUGAUGUGGGCAAGGCAGACUUCUCUGGAAUGUCAACUAACAAUGAUUUAGUCAUCUCUGAAGUUGUCCACAAAUCGUUCAUAGAAGUCAAUGAAGAAGGCACGGAGGCAGCUGCUGCCACUGCUCUCCGCGCGUCUGGAUGUGCAAGGUUUCCGGUGCCAGUGCCACAAUUCAAAGCUGACCAUCCCUUCCUCUUUUUUAUUAUUCAGCGAGCUACAAAGAGCAUCCUGUUCUUUGGUAGGUGUUGUUCUCCGUAAUAGGUGCAUUCUGCCCAUGUUGGUUAAAUGCCUUAACUCCUCAAAUUUCUUUAUAAGCCACUUUCCCAAGAACUUUCAUCAACACACACUUGUUUUUCUCUGUAUUCGGGGUAUACUUCCUUCUAGUCAUAUGGAGAGCCAAGGUGGCGCAGUGGGUAGGGUGCAGUAUUGCAGGCCACUUCAGCUGACUGUUAUCUGCAGUUCGGCAGU